AUGUGGAACGGAGAAGGCGAGGAAGAUUUUCCUGUCGUUGCUGAAGUUCCAGCUACUCGUCGCACCGGUGUUAACUACAACUCCGAACGUGGAUACAUCUACCACAAGCAAAAGACGCUAUUGGACGAGAUCGUCUACAUCUGCAAAAAUCAAAAGAAGGUUAAGGGGAAUUGCAACGCUAGACUCAGGAAAAAUAGACAAACCGGUGUGUUCCGUAAAGAUGGCUCUGCGCACAACCAUCCACCGGAGUCACAUCUGCAACAACAAUUAGCCUUUAUAAACGCCUGCGCCCAAGAGGCAUUGGUCUCUCGCGAUCCACCCCGUGAAAUUUUCGAUCGGAUUCGUCGGGAGUUUCCAGGCCUUAUCGUGAGCUACAACGACGCUAUGCAGCGUCGCAUCCAGCGGGCCAAGCGUAGUGUGCAGCCACGGAUCCCUACAACUAUUGAUGAGGCCGAAGAACUCAUAAUGGAGCAUCCUGAAUACAAAGAUGCAUUCGAAGGUGGCGUUUUCUACCAAGGGCGAGUCCAAACGGCCGACGGAGGGGAUGCGUUUGUCUUUAUUUCACCAAAGCUGCUCCCUGAAAUUGCGCAGACCAUUGAACUGCAAGCAGACGGAACUUUUAAAAGUCUUCCUCUAUUCUUCAAGCAGCUUUUUACUCUUCAUGUAAGCCGCUUUGGGCAGGUAUAUCCUUUUGCGUUCGUUUUGAUGAACAAGAAGACCCGUCAGCUCUACGACGCUGUCCUUGACAAGAUUUUGACUGUGUAUGACGAUCUUUAUCCGGACGUGUACCUCAACGUUGAGAGACUUAUGUCAGAUUUCGAAAAUGCCAUUCAGUCAUCCUGCGAGCAAGCCUUUGUAGGCUGUACCUGCAUUGGCUGCUGGUUCCAUUAUGGACAGGCAAUUUGGAGGAGAGUCCAGAAAUAUGGCCUUACGGGCGCAUACCGGAGUAUACCUACUGUCUGUCGUAUCGUCAAGGAAAUGAUUGCUCUGGCCCUCCUACCAGCAGAUGCAAUAUUAGCAGGCUUCCAGGAUAUCAAAAAUACCCACAGAGAAGAUCUUAGGAGAGAAUCGGUCGAGAUCCAGGCGGCGAUCAAACGUCUUAUGGACUAUUACUACGGCUACUGGAUCGACACCAUUACUCCAGAAGGAUUUAGCGUAUUCCAAAUGCCCAACCGCACCAACAAUCUCGUGGAGGCAUGGCACAGAUGGUUCAACAAACGCUGUGGAGGAAGUCAUUUGAACUUCUGGGAUUUUAUACAUGCACUCAAAGAAUCCGAAAAUGCAAAGAUGCGGGAUUAUCAAGCAGACGAGAUAAAAGGGGCGGAUUACAUCAAACCAAAGACACCGUUCCAGCGUCGAAGGGAUUCCCAAAUUGCUGAAAAUGAGAGAUUGUACUUGGCGUCGGAUCGGAAAGCGGAAGACAUACGCAAUUUUCUCGUUAGGGCAAGAUAUUUCACAGAACCUGAUUUGAGUAAAAAAAACAUUUAGAUCUCUACGUAUUACAUCCAAUUUUUGCUGCUU